AUGUGCAUUACUGCUUCCAUUAUAGCCACUUCAUCUGGAACUACUACUGAAAGAAUCUACAAGGGCUGUGCACCAUCCCACCUGUGCCAAGUUACAGGCAUGCAGAACUUUUCAGCCAACUUGGGUUUCUCAAGCGUCCAUGCAUCCGCUCUGUGCUGCAACUCUGAGAACUGCAACUCCCAAAGUCUUCCCAUGCCCCAACCUCAGCCAUUCAACAAACUGCAGUGUUUGACUUGUGACCCUCAAACAUCUAACUGUAGCACCAUGGUAACGUGUUCAGGAGAGGAAAACAGCUGCUUGACAGCCACAGGUUGGUGUUCCUGUUAACUAGAUCUCACACACUUGUAUUCUUAUGGAAAAACAACUCUACUCAGUGUCUAAACAUUAGAAACAAAAACAUGUAAAUGUCUUUAAACUGAAAUGUAUUAACAAAACUGGGGUUAUUGAUGGAAGCUUAUUUUUUUACAGUGCAAUCUGGAUCUAAAACCAAUCCAGUGCAUGGCUGUGUGACUGAAAUUACAUGUAAAGCAGGUAAAAACCUGCAGAGUCUACCUUUCAUGGAAAAUCUUGGUCACAUCCCCAGUGGACUAAGCUGUUGUGGACAAAGUGGGUGUAACCGUAAAACAACAAAUCCUCCAUCAUCAUCAACAGCACCAGCUGAAACUCCUUUAGUGUCAUCUCAGAGACCAGUAGUUCCAACCACUACAUCAGCUAGACCAACAACAGGAAAUGGUAAAUCAACCACUCCAUUGUCUUCACCCAUGAUUCUUGCACAAGGAGGAGCAACUACAACUACACUAACACAACAAACAACUAAGAGUAAUGCCAAUAGAGUCAUUUUUGACACUAUUAAUUUGCUUCUUGUGGUAUUUAUCUUUUUCUUAUAAAUAACUCUAGUAGUGUAUAACAACAGUGGAGAAGUCACUGUACCAUAAAAGCAUAUUUAAAAUGGUCUAAAUGGGGAUUGAGCACAUAAAAGCAGUUCUUUGUGAUUCAUUUAUAUUAACAUUUUAAUUUAAAGCCAUUAAUUUAAAUAAUAUUUAAGAAAUUAAUUGAAAAACUACCAUUAUGCUCUGCAUUUCUUCUAUACUGUAUGCUGUCAUUCAAUGCUAUAAAUAAAGAUUUCAAAAUUGUAUGCAUUUCUUUUAAUUAAGCGCUUGUAAAAUACAAAAACAUCACAUUUCUUUUUAUUCUGUUAAAUCUGUUUUUUUUUGUGCAGAUUACUCCCAGGUUUUGCAAAAUAACACAAACAGGAAAGGUUGAAAGUCAUUGUGAGAUGUUUUAGAGUGAUUUAUUUAUUAUUUAUGAACCACCGAUUAUAAUGAUCUAACCAUUAACUGUUAGGCCUGAUUCAAAAGUCAAAUUUAAACAAUUUUACAAAACUUUUUGAGGAAAGGUUUCUAGGAUUCACUCGUUAUCUAUUUUAUCAUAGUUCUAUUUUGGCGUUAUGUUCUGGUAUUUAACCUUGUCUUUGUUUUAAAAACCACCGAUGGUUCCCAAGUAAUAUCAGUUGUACUGUCAUUUUCAACUUCAAGCUAUUUAAAAUAAAAAUUAUACACCAUA